CACAGUUGUAUGUCAUAUGGGGACUUUCUUUUUUUUCAGUAGAAGAAGACUCAACGUGGGCCUCAAAGGGCGGGUACCUUGACAGAACCACCUGCCUUCCUUAAACCAAAUGGACGACUUCCUCACAUGAAAAAAUUGUACGCUCCAAGCGAGGUCUCAAACUCACAACGGCGGGAAGUGUUCUGCUUACUCUCUCUCUAAAUUUGAAUUCUGGCGGAGCUGUUGGAUCGUGCGAGGACGUUGAUCAUCAGGCUUGUGUUUCUAUGGCAACACAAAAUACAAACAUGUGUUCAGACUCAGUGCUGGCUACAACUGUAUGUCCAAACUAUUGUAAUCGCUGUCCUAUGACCUGUUACAACUGUAAUAUAUCAACAGCCGACGUGAGUGCUUGUAAUACAGUGACAUGCAGCAAUAACAAGGUAUGUAUGAUAAAGGAGAUAAAAUCAAUGCGAACCGGACAACACAGAUACACGUUAGGAUGUGAAACGGAAGCGGUAUGUGAUGGUGAAAGAAAACGAUCGCUGGAAUCUCGUUCUGUUCACAUUGAUUGCUGUGUGCAAGAUCUUUGUAACAAUCCAUCUCUAAGUGAAUCUACAACCAUGGGUACAUUCUCAAAACCCCAAAUAUCUCCAAGGGACUCUACGACCCAUGGUAUGGUUACAAAAUCUCACACAUCACCAGGUACCACAACACCCGAACAACAAUCAUUAGACUGUUCGAAAUCAACGCACGGGUCCACGUACGUCCUUUACGCCAAUAAGCACAUAAACGCUCCAUUCACUCAUGCCUACCAUAACCUUACCGCCACAGAGUGCAAGAAUCACUGUUCGUACACCCCGACUUGUCGAGGAUUUAACUACUACACAUACUACGCUGGAGGGGUAUGCCAGCUGAUAUCGUUUACCCCGUAUGAUAAACUACAUUCUGUCAGUUCCUACGAAGGAUGUAACUACUAUUUCAGAAAAUGUUUCUAAGGGAACAUUUCACCGAUCGGUGGUGGACUUACCUUUACAAAGAAACAAAUGUCAUAAAACAUUUUAUUUUAUGCUAACUAAUGAAAUACUGUAUUCUAUCAGUUAGAUAUUUUCAUAUCUCAUCACUCACACUGUCAAAAUAUGCAAUCUAUAUUUUCACACUGUGAGAGAUAUAGCUCCGCCCCCUCAUUACAUUGUGUAUGAAUUUUAAAUUAUUUGCUUAAAACAGGAUGAAAAUUGUAGUCGCACUUUGUUCUUUAUAGUGAAUUUCUCGAUUCAAAUUAUUUUACUUAAAGAGAAUUUUAUAACGUUAUGCAGCAAAAAAAUUAAAUUAAAUGGAACUUUAUGUUGUAAGCGUCUUUAUAACGUCUGACGUCAUAUCUGUUUACGCGCGUCUGUUUCCCGCGCUGAGAUUAAAAAUAGUUGCAAAAUGCACAUCACAACGUAAUUGAGCAUAAAAUAAAAAGAAAAUUUGUUUGUUUUUCUUGAAUAUGGAAUAUAUCUCACCUCGAAGUGAGAAAAUUUUCACAUUUUCACUCGCGCUACGCGCUCGUGAAAAUAUUUUAAAUUUGCUCACUUCUCAGUGAGAUAUAUUCCAUAUUCACUCAAAACAAACAAAUAUCCUCUAUAUAUUUAUUCAAAUAUGUUAUAAUCUGUUAUAAGAAUUUCAAGAGUGAAAGUAUUAUAAUCAUUUUAUUCUGACAGACAGCAAAAUCUACGAAACGAGUCAAAAAGCAACGUCUAGAUACAUAAAUUGAUAUCUUAAAAAUACAUUUGCGAGGUUUCAUAUUUUUGAAAUAUGAAAUGCUCUGGAAAUUUUGACUCACUCGUCUUUCACUCAUUCACUCACAGUUUUGUAGCUUUUACCGGCGACAACGCAUGACGCUGGUUGUUGUCUUAGGUUAUAUUCACAAGACAACAACCCAAUAUUACGUGAUAUACCAGGAUUUCGAUAAGUUUUCAAUUUUGAAGCGGAUUUUUAUGUCAGCAAGCUUUUGUGAAUGUAUUCAGUUUUCGCUACUUAUGUCAACAAUUCGUAUUCCUUCAAUUAAUUUUUCUGGUGCCGAAUAAUGUUUAAACAUGAUGUAGCUAACUCUAUUAGAUCUCUAUAUAUUGCUAUCGAGUAAAUUCCUCGAGAUAUAAAGUUUUGCACUUAUCACAUAUUGAUUUUUUUAUGUUUAAAAAUCUUUAGGCAGAAGUGAAGCUUUUGGAACAGCAUUUUAAUUGUUUUAAAUGCUUACAAGAUUUAAAUCUCGUCCUGAUUGUUCAGUUACGUAGACAACCGAAAUAAGUGAAUAUGUUUUUAAAAGUAAACAUUUUCUUAUGAUUUUUCAGUAUUUAAUUAACAUUUUGACAAUUUUUGGUAGUAAUUGUUUUGUAAGCUCCAGUAAUCAAGUGCUACCUACAACUACAACAGACGCUGGAAUGAAAUAGUUUUCAUAUUCAGUGACAUUUUGUACUGUGUUUCGGUAUAUCGCACCUAUCAGGGCGGAAAUGAAAUAAAAUUAAUUGAAUUGAAAAGCACAGAUACUCAAAAAGACGCUUUGAUAACAGAUGCACAUAAUAUAGUCAUAAAUUGACUAAGUAGUGUUAUAUAAAAAUAUAUUAAUAAAUAAUCUUUAUCCUUACAAAUCAGAAACUGGUGUUAGAUGAACUUGUGGGGCACCCAUUUUUCAUAUCUUUAAAUAUGUCUGUAUAUUUACUUUUUAUGUGUGUGAGGUCUCUGUGACCGGGUUGUUAGGAUCGCUGACUUCGAAUCACUUGCCCCUCACCGAUGUGGGUUCGAAUGAGGACUAAUACUAUUAAUAAGCGAGGCUACAGUACACCACAGUAAAUUAAACAUUCCCCAUACCUCGACGGUGACUGCCGAAGUAAUUAGAAAUAAAUAGCGGUCCGAUGGAGCAAGGCAACGUACUGUAAUUCUAAGCAAGGCAAGUACUAUAAUGAGCAAGGCUACAGUACACCACAGGAAUCUCACUCGGAGCGUUGAAUUUUUCAUGCGUGGAAGCCAUACAGCUUGCUUGUGGAAGGUUGGUGGUUCUACCCAGGUAGCUGUUCGUGAUAAAAUAAUGCACGGAAAGACACCUUGGGUCUUCCUCUACCGUCAAUGUUUGAAAGUCGCCAUAUGACCUAUGAUUGUAUCUGUGCGACGUAAAUUAAACCCAACAAAAACAAAAACAACAUUCAAUAUUUUAUGAGUAAUCGGUAUUGUUAUUUAUCACUAGUUCUUGUUUUUCUAUGGGGAAGUGCAGUUUGAAUAAGCAUGAUAUUUCUACAAAAUCUAACUUACACAAAAUUGUUUAAAACAGAGUAAAACAUGUCGUAUAGUUAUUCAUUGUGUUGCUUAUAAAACAAAGAAAACAAUAUUGCAACGGUUAUCGUGUUUAAUAGGAAAUAUUUAAUUAUAUUUUGAUUUAUCUUAGUUUUUCAUUCAAAACGUGUUAUAAUUGUUAGAUUAAUGUUCACUCGGUACACUAACUUGUAGCUGAUCAUAUGUUAUCUAUUUUACUGUUUAAUACAUGUUUUGUAGUUCGUUAUUUAUCACGGAUAUAACUUGUUUCAUGUAUUAUAUAAGUAUCUUUAAUUUAAAAUGCACUUAAUGUGUUGAAACAUUCACAAUUUAUAGCCUAUAAAAGGUCAUAGAGUUUGAAAACAUUCUUGUUCCAUUUAAAUUAGUGUUACAAUAGUUUCAAUAGUAUUGUUUACAUGAACGUGGAAAUCUUAUAUUAAAUUCUAAUAUGACUAGCAAUCCUUAAAUCAUCACAACGAUAUUAUGUUGACGUCACGUCGACGUGAUAUUAACAGCCAUGUGGUCAGAGACCACCAAUUCAAAAAAGUACAGGGAACUUACUGGGAAUGGGGUAAGUGUUUACCUGUGAAUAAGGUAACGUCUGUGCAUUCUGAUUGGUCAGUCAUGUAAACAAACCCAGGAAGUGAUUAUUUUUUCAAAAUUGAUUUUUUUUCACUGCAUUUACAGUAUUUUAUUAUACAUUUUGACAAAAUUCGCUACAUUUUAUGUGUAUUGAAAAAAAGUUUUAUCAAACGAAUUUCUCCCGCCAUGUCAAUGAUGUAAACAGGGGGUCAUUUCAUUCACACGAAAUUUACUUAAAUAAA